AGGCCGCUCCCUUCUCCAGUUCUGUACAUUCGCCCGCCCUCGGUGGGCCAGGCUAGCGACAUGGAGGGUUGCGUCGGGGAGGAAUCCUUCCAGCUGUGGGAGCUCAAUCGACGCCUGGAGGCCUACCUGACCCGGGUCAAGACGCUGGAAGAGCAGAACCAGCUGCUCAGCGCGGAGCUUGGGGGACUCCGGGCGCAGUCCGGGGAUGCCUCCUGGCGGGCCCGAGCCGACGACGAACUGGCAGCCCUGCGGGUCCUCGUCGACCAGCGCUGGCGGGAGAAGCACGAGGCUGAGGUGCAGCGCGACAACCUUGCUGAGGAGCUGGAGGGCGUGGCAGGCCGGUGCCAGCAGGUGCGGCUCGCCCGGGAGCGGACCCGCGAGGAGGCGGCCUGCAGCCGGCGCGCACUCGAGGCGGAGAAGAGUGCGCAGGGCUGGCUCAGCACCCGGGUGGCCGAGCUGGAGCGCGAGGUAGAGGCUGUGCGAGCGGCGCAUGAGGAAGAGCGCGCGCACCUGAACGCACAGGCCGCCGCCGGUGCGUCCCGCCGGCUCCCCGCGCCGCCCCGCGGACCCCCGGCACCGGUCCCCGAGGUGGAGGAGCUGGCCCGACGGCUGGGUGAAGCGUGGCGCGGGGCGGUGCGGGACUAUCAGGAGCGCGUGGCUCGCAUGGAGAGCUCGCUGGGCCAAGCCCGCGAGCGCCUGGGCCGAGCCUUGCGGGGCGCUCGGGAGGGUCGCCUAGAGCUGCAGCAGCUGCAGGCUGAACGCGACGGCCUCCAGGAGCGCAGAGAGGCCCUGGAACAGAGGUUGGAGGACCGCUGGCAGGACAGGCUGCAGGCCACUGAAAAGUUCCAGCUGGCUGUGGAAGGCCUGGAGCAGGAGAAACAGGGCCUACAGAGCCAGAUCGCUCAGAUCCUGGAAGGGGGGCAGCAACUGGCACACCUCAAGAUGUCCCUUAGCCUGGAGGUGGCUACAUACAGGACUCUGCUGGAGGCUGAGAAUUCCCGGUUUCAGACACCUGGCCGAAGUUCCCAGGCUUCCCUUGGUUUUCAGGACCCCAAGCUGAAGCUUCAUUUCCUUGGGACAGCAGACAACCAGCACCUGGGAUCUCUGCUCCCUGUCCUCAGCCCAACACCCCUCCCUUCCCCCUUGCCUGAUGCCCUCGAGACGCCUGUGACAGCCUUUCUGAAGACCCAGGAAUUCCUUCAGGCUCGAACCCCCACCUUGGCCAGCACACCUAUCCCACCCAUGCCUGAGGUUCCCUGUCCUACAAAAGUAGAGGUCAGAGCCCAGGAUGCCCCUCUUUCCCUGCUCCAGACACAGGGUGGAAGGCAGCAGGCUCCAGAGCCUCUCCGGGCCGAAGCCACAGCAUCUGUUUCCACUGGUAUCCUCACGGAACUAGAGGAGACUGGAGGCAAGCACCCAAGCCACUUCCCUGAGGAUUCGACCACCUCAGCCCUAUCCCUCAAUCCUCAUCACCCUGUUUUAGAAGCUAAAGAUGGAAACUACAAUGAGUCUAGAGUACCUAGCAUAUUCCAGGAAGAUGAAGGGCAAAUCUGGGAGCUAGUAGAGAAAGAAGCUGCCAUAGAGGUAAAAGUAGAGAGCAGCUUGGCACAGGAAACACAAGAAGAUGGUCUGGACAUGGAAGAAAUCCAGGAUUCCCAGGGUCCUUUACAAAAGGAAAUCCUAGAGGCUCUAGGACAGGAGUCACUUAUAUCUCUGAAAAUCCAGAGCCAUGAGACCCCUGGGAAGGAAAAUUGUAAUUCUCUGAGAUCUGUAGAUGAGAACCAGGGAACACUGAAAAGCCCAGAAGAAGAAAAACAAACACUACUCAAGUCUUUAGAAGAAAAUGAUGUAGAGGUAGAGAAAAUUCCAGAAAAGGGGGUUCCUGAACUGUCUAAGCCUUUAGGAAAAGAAGACCCAAGAAUCGAGGAUCAAGAAUUAAUGUCUCCUGAAGGUACACUAGAGACACUUUCAUUUAUAGGAAAGGAAGAUCAAGAAGCAGUGAGGUCUUCAGAAGAGGCGAACUUAGAGUCACUGACAGCUUUUACAAAGGAGAGCCAGCAUCCACUGGGAUGUCCAGAAGAAGAGGACAAGCUGGUUGAGAAGCUGAUAGAAAAUGAGGGUCUGCAGUCCCUGAGCUCUCUGGAGGAGGAGGACCAGGACACAUAUAGACCUUUGGAGAAAGAGAAUGGGGAGCCGCUAAAGUCUGUAGAAGAAGAGGACCAGAGGGUUGAGAGGCUGAUAGAAAAGGAGGGUGAGGAGUCCCUGAGCUCUCUGGAGGAGGAGGACCAGGACACAUAUAGACCUUUGGAGAAAGAGAAUGGGGAGCCGCUAAAGUCUGCAGAAGAAGGGGUCCAGAGGGUUGAGAGGCUGAUAGAAAAGGAGGGUGAGGAGUCCCUGAGCUCUCUGGAGGAGGAGGACCAGGACACAUAUAGACCUUUGGAGAAAGAGAAUGGGGAGCCGCUAAAGUCUGUAGAAGAAGGGGUCCAGAGGGUUGAGAGGCUGAUAGAAAAGGAGGGUGAGGAGUCCCUGAGCUCUCUAGAAGAGGAGAACCAAAGGAUUGUGAAACCUCUAGAAAGAGAGAAUCAGGAAUCUCUAAGGUCUCUUGAUGAAAACCAGUACACCAUUAUGCCACUAGAAAGCAAGAACCAGAAGCCACUGAAAUCUCUAGAAGUAGAAGAGGAGCAGAGAAUUGUGAAACCUCUAGAAAAAGUGAGCCAGGACUCCAUCGGGUCUCUAGAAAAAGAGAAUGUGGACCUACUGAGGUCUCUAGAAGACAAUGACCAGAUGACUGAGAGCCUGUUAAAAAAAUGGAACCAGGAGUACCUGGGGUCUCAUGAAGAUAGAAACCAGGAGACCCAGGAUCCACAGAGGUUUCUAGAAGAGGAGGGCCAGGGGAUUGUGGAACAGCUCGAAAAAGAAAACCAGGGCUUCCUGGGGUCUCUAGAAGAAGAGCAGGUAGUCAAGAGGUCUCUAGAAAGAGAGAACCAUGAACCACUGAGUUCUGUAGAGAAGGACCAGAUGACUGAGAGCCUGCUAGAAAAAGAGAGUCAGGACUCAGGGAAGUCUCUUGAGGAGGACCAGGAAGCCUUUAGAUCUCUGGGGAAAGAGGAUCCAGAUUCCCUGCAAUCUCCCAAAGAGCAGGACCAGGAGAUACAGAGAUCUCUUCAACAAGAGACUCAACAGACAGUAUGGGCUCUCGGGGGUGAGCAGAUGGCAUCAAAGCCACCAGAAAAGUUGGGUCCAGAGUUACUGAAGCCUCUUGGGAAUGACCAGGAAAUAGUUAGAUCUCUUGAAGAACAGAACCAAGAGUCACUGGUGUCACUGAAAGAAACAAGUGUGGAGACAGUGAAGUCUUCAGAAAUCGAGAACAUGGAACCACUGGAGAAUGCAAAAGAAGACCUGGAAAUAAUCAACUCUGUAGAGGCUCAAGAGCCUCUGUGGUCUGCACAAGUGACUGGAGAGGCAACGGAACUCCUAGAAAAAGAAAUUCAGGAAUCACUGGGGUUUGUGGAUGGGGACCAAGAGAUCCUGAGACCCCUUGCAAGGGACAAUCAAGAGUUGGGAUGUCUGGAGACUGUGGAAUCUCCAGAAGGGGUGGAGGAGGGCAGGCAACACCUUGAACUGGAAGCAUGCCGAGAGAUGGAAGAACACGAGGGAUCACCGAGGUCUCUGGAAGAGGUGGAACAGGAGCUGCCUGGGUCUGGAAAUCAACAAAGGUGGGAGGCUAUGGCAGUGGAGAAUGCAGUGGUUGAUCAGGGCCCUAGGGCCCUAGGGCGGACAGGAGUAGAAAGUGAGGAUGAGGCAGAGCUCCCCCUGAGUGGGCAAAGUGAGAAGGAAGACGAUGCUGAGGAGAAGGAGCUUCAACUAGAUGUCAUGGGGGAGGCCUGCAGCAUGGGGGGCUCUGAGCCCCAGGAGCAGGGGGUCCCUAGUGAAGAAGGUGACAGAAAAGGGGGUGCUGUGACCCUCCAAGACCUGGAGGGACAACCAGAGCAGAUGGGGGCCCUGGAGGUCCUAGCUGCUCAGGGAGCGUCAGAGGUGACAGAGCCCCUGUUGCAACAUGAGGAUGCAGUCCAAGCAGGUGAACAAGACUACAUAGAGGUCACCCUGGGCUCAAAGGCUGCUACCGCUGGGCUGGGACUGGAGCAGGAAGUGGUAGGGUUAGGAGAGCCAAGGCACCUGGCCGGGGAGGAGGCCAUUCACCCAUCCCUGGGGGAGGAAAGUGUGGAGGCAAAGAUAGCUCAGGACUUGGAAGGGCCUGGAAAAGUACCAGAGGAGGCAGGUGCUCUGGCGUCAGUGAUCUCUGAAUUGUCCAGGACUAGCAGUGAUGCUCUGGAAUCCAAAGGCUGCAAGGAGUCAGAGCCUGUGGUGGGAUGGGCAGUAGAGGAAGCUUCAGUGGAGGCCUCAGACCACGAGGGCACUGAUGCCCCUCAGCCCAGACCCUCAGAGACAGAGGGAGCACUGUCACCUCCUAGUCCCAAGCUCAUCGAGCCCUGUCCACCCACCCCAAUCCUGGAAGAUGCCUAUGAACUGCAGCCCCAGGCUGAGGGGAUCCAGGAAGCUGGGUGGCAGCUAGAGGGUGGGUGUGAAGCACAGGGAAGGGUCGAAGAUGAGCAAGAGUUUGGUCUUAGGGAGAUCCCCGAGGGCCUCCAAGAUUGGGAGGAGAGCAGAGAAGAAAGUGAGGCUGAUGAGUUAGGGGAAACUCUCCCUGACUCUACGCCCCUGGGCCUCUACUUGAGGUCCCCUACCUCCCCAAAGUGGGGCCUGGCUGGAGAGCAGAGGCUCUCUCCUCAAGGGGAGGCCAGGAAGGAAGGCUGGGGUCCUGCUGCCCUGGCUUCCCAGGGCUUCAGCAACCCACCAGGGGAGGAGGAGCAAGGCCGUGGCUCGGACCUAUCAUCUGAGGAAUUUGAGGAUCUAGCGACUGAGGCCUCUCUUCUUCCAGGGGUCCCCAAGGAGGUGGCAGAUCAUCUGGGCCAGGCGCCCCCAGUACCAGCGCCUGAAUGCUGGGAUCAGGGUGGGGAGUCUGAUGGGUUUGCUGAUGAGGAAGAGAGUGGGGAAGAGGGAGAGGAAGAAGAGCAUGAGGAAGAGGCUGAGUCAGGGGCUCAAUGGUGGGGGCCGGGACACUCUGGUGGAGACUUCAAGGUCCAGCACAUCACCAAAAGCGGGGACCUCCUGGAACAUGAAUCUGUGGGUGUCAGUGGCUUGAGAGGUGCUGCAGCUAAUAUCUCUGUGACUGGCCUGGAAACUGAGUCUCAGGACAGUACUGAGCCUUCUGGGUCUGAGGGGUCUGAGUCUGUGUCCUCAGAAGGGGAGGAUCAAGUCCCUGACCAUUUGGGUGCCCAGGGGGUGACUAACAUGAUCCCAGGGGCAGGAGACACCUUUGGUGUCAGUGGCCAGGGCCCCAGCUUGGAGUCAGAGCACAUGAAUGGGAAGGUGGAGAAUGGAUUAGAGCAGUCUGAGGGGCAGGGAGUCCUUGAUGGGCACCAGGAUCAAGGACACUCUUCACAGGAACAGGAAGCGAGUGCCUUAAAAGCCCCAUUGGUAGGGUCUCCUGUGCACCGAGGCCCAAGCCAGUCCCUGGAGUUCCCUCUGAGUGGAGUAGAUGGAGAUUCCUGGUCCUCAGGGGAAGACUAGAGAGAUGCUUAAUGGUGGGAGGAUGUUCCUUCCUGCUCUGGACCAGCAUCCUCAGCUUUUGAUAGCUUGACCUAUGGUGUCUGUCCUGUAGAGGUGUGACUGGCUGAGAGAGAUGAGGUUCUGUCAGGGCCAUCUUGCUUAGAUUGUCCUGAAGACUCAAGCCAGCCGAGCCCCUAUAGUUCUAGGCCCCCUUUCUUUUGCAUCUCUCCUGCUGGAAGAAGCCUGGGCUCAGAGCUUUCCCAUGGGGCUGCUCUAGCCAGGUGUUGUUAGCCCUAACCUGUCUACAGUGGUGCCAUCUUCACCAGGUCUGGUCUGGCCUAUGCCCAGAGGAGCUGAGGGCAGCAAUUAUGACUGACCCCUCAUCUCAGCCUGCUGAGAUCUUGUUCUGCUCUUCCUUGUUUGAAUAAAGUUGUAUUUCCUCCCUAUAAA